AUGGACGGCCUCAUGAGAAAGUAUGGCAUCAUACACAAAGUCGCCACGGCUUACCACCCUCAGACAAACGGCCAAGCUGAAGUUUCUAACCGGGAAAUCAAACAUGUGUUGGAAAGGAUUGUGAAGCCGAAUCGGAAGGAUUGGAGCGCUAAACUCUCCGAUGCACUUUGGGCAUAUCGCACGGCCUACAAAACACCCAUUGGAAUGAGCCCUUUUAGACUUGUAUAUGGUAAAGCAUGCCAUCUACCAGUAGAAAUCGAACACAAAGCUUAUUGGGCCAUAAAGGAAUGCAAUAUGAAUUUGGGUGGAGCCGGAGUAGAGAGAAAGCUUCAACUGGCGGAAUUGGAAUGCUUAAGAUUAGAAGCCUAUGACAAUUCUAAACUUUACAAGGAAAAGAUGAAAGCCAUCCAUGACAAGAACAUUAGGAGAAGGGAAUUCAGACCCGUUUAUCAAGUUAAAACAUGCUUAAGUGGCUGUUUGGAGGGUUGGAAUGCUAAAAGUGGUGCGAAAACAUGCAAACUUUGA